CACAGAUAUUUUCCGUCUUGCAGGUGCUCUACCACAGAGAAAAGUCCACAUUCCCACCGCAAUAUGUAUCGGAUUGGUCUGCAUAGUUUCUACUGUUGCUGUUAUUAGUCUUGGCAUCAGGGGCACAAUGAUUAAAAGCCAAUUGGAAAAGAGCUUCUCUAAUCUCAGCCAGAAAUCAGACACACUGGAGCACACCCUCGAUGAAAUGAAACAGGAGAAUGACGCCUUACAUAUCAGUCUUAACAAUAUGAGUGACACGAUUGAGAAACUUCAAAUCAUGAUAUCUUCAAUUGAGGAGGGCCUCUGCCUGAACAGUUGGUUGAGAUUUCAGUCAAGCUGUUACAUGGUUUCUGCUGUGGAGACUGACUGGAACAACAGCAGAAGGACGUGCAGAGAGAAUAAUGCAGACUUGGUGAUCAUCGACAGCAAGGAAGAACAGGAGUUCUUGAUUGGCGUGGGCAAGGACUCUAAAGAAGUUUGGAUUGGCUUGAGUGACAGUGACCAAGAGGGGACAUGGAAAUGGGUGGACGGCACUCCAUUUACUGAGGGGUUCUGGAGGUCUGGAGAGCCCAACGACAGUAAUGGAAAUGAAGACUGUGCUGUUCUGAAUCUCAACAUACAGGCCUGGUCAGUAAGAGGCAACCCAACAACAUCCCUCCAGGCAUGGAACGAUAUCCCCUGCUAUCGCUCCAUACCUUCUAUCUGUGAGAGGAAGCUGUAGUGACAUCUGUCUUCCGGGAUAAAACUUCUCUUGUUGCCAAAAGAGUUUAUCAGCGUUCAUAAAACUCUAGGUGAGGCAAUGUGAAAAGGAAAUGAAAUAUCUAGAAAGUUACUAUACCCCUUAUAUACAGUGGAUAACUUUGCAUACCAUGUAAGCUUUCCUUGCUGUAAGAUGUGAAUAUUUUGUUCUAUAACGUUUUCAUUUGAUUUGAUGGGAUUACAUCAAUUGGUGAAAUGUUGCUGUUGCCAUUUAAUAUUGUUCUCCUCUGUGGCUCUGAAAAUACUAUAUGUCAACAUUGUUUUCUGUGCAUUGCUUCAGAGUCAUUGUAAUUUAUGUCCCCAUAUUCA